CCCUCUGGCUCCACAAGGGAACACGGGGGUCCAGCUGGCUCUCUGGCCCCCUCCCCACAGCUCCACACACCUGCUGGCAGGCACAGGAGAACAUCUUCCACAGAAGUCCCUGCAGGACAGGGGCACAGAACAACAGAUCAGCGGCAAAUCUGACGUCCCAUCGCGGUUUAAAUUCAGCCCAUCCUAACACUGAGCCCCAGGCAGCCCUUCACAGACUUACCUCCAGCUCAUCUCCUGCGUUAUGGCCGGGCCACAAAACCACAGCUAUGUGUGUGAAUUCACCCGCCACUCCAGCGACGUCCUGAUGAACCUGAACGAAUUGCGCAAACGGCACAUUCUCACGGACGUCACCUUGCAAGUGGGAGGAUGCCCCUUGCAGGCCCACAAAGCUGUCCUUACCGCCUGCAGUGGCUUUUUCUACUCCAUCUUCCUGGGCCAGGGAGGCCACGAGGUGAGCGUGCUGAGCUUGCCCAGCUCCAUCGAGCCAGCCGGCUUCCAGGCCCUCCUCGAUUUCAUGUACACGUCCCGCCUGCUCCUCACCCCGGGCACAGUGCCUGCUCUCCUGGCGGCUGCCUCCUACCUGCAGAUGGAACAUGUGGUGGAGAGUUGCCAUCGCUUCAUCCAGGCGAGCUACGACAGGGUCACCUUCCUCUUGACUCCUCCAACACCCAACUUCCCUCGCCGCAAAUUCCAGCCCCUCGAAGGCGAAGUGAGAUCCGUGGCUGCCAGUUUCCCAAGGCAGGUGCAAGAAGAUGCCACCAUCGCUUCCACUGCUGCCUCUCCUUUCCCUGGAUCCUAUUGCCUCAAGGAGAAGGAAUUGGGGUCCAUGAUGUCUCCAGGUGCCGGCGAUCAGUCUCCUCCUGGCCAGCCGGCCUCUCCUCGCGAGUCGAGCAGCUGCGCCCCAAUCCCUGACCCCAAAGCUUGCAACUGGAAGAAGUACCGGUUCAUUGUUCUCAACUCCAUGCUGCGUGAGGGGAGGCAGGACCCCCCCAAAUCCCACAGCCAGGCCGGCAGCAAUGGAGACUCCGGGAAAGGAAGCCACCUUCAGAGGCUGCCUACAGCUCAGGCCCAUUGCUCCAUCUGCAAUCAGCCAACCCCCCCGCUUUGCUCACAUCCUCCAGAGGAUGUUUCCAUGGGGCAGGGAGACCCCUCUGGUACUGGUGCUAGCCCAUAUGACUGCAAGGCCUGUGACUUAGCAUACCUGGAAGGGGAGGAAGGAGGAAGAGGAGGAGGACGGAGCCCGCCACCAGCAGGAGAUGUCUCCGAGGAGAAGCCGCACAAAUGCCAUUUCUGCAGCUCUGCCUUCCGCUACAAGGGGAGCCUUGCAAGCCAUAGAUCUCUGCAUACAGGUGUGCUUGCGCGAGAGAAGCCGUAUCGCUGUGGGAUUUGCGGAGCCCAGUUCAACCGCCCGGCCAACCUCAAGACUCACCUGCGCAUCCACUCGGGGGAGAAGCCGUACAAGUGCGAGACCUGCGGAUCUCGUUUUGUGCAGGUUGCCCACUUGAGGGCCCACAUCCUCAUCCAUACUGGCGAGAAGCCCUACCCAUGUGGGACCUGCGGGACGCGCUUCAGACACCUGCAGACCCUCAAAAGCCACAUCCGCAUUCAUACAGGAGAGAAACCUUAUCAUUGUGAGAAAUGCAGCAUCCACUUCCGCCACAAGAGUCAGCUGCGGCUUCAUCUGCGACAGAAGCACGGCGCCAUCACCAACACCAAGAUCCGCUACCAGGUGCUCAACGGCCCUUACGCCACCCUCUGCUGAGUGUUGCUCAUUCCUGCCAAAUCCACCUCCCUGCAGAAUGCAGCUGUUGGUGGGAUGUUCCUGUAUCUGAACGUUGGAACUUUUGGUGCUUUACGGCCAACGUUCACAGCAUCUGAUGCCAUAGAGGGGAUGCCACGUUCUUGGCCUCUGCUUCUUUCUGUUAGCAUCCCCCAGAUAAAAACAUUCAGACUUCUCCCAGGUUCAAAUCCUACAGUUUAGACAUUUAGUAGGUUUUGAAUGUUUAAAUCAAAAUUGGGUUCCUUUUCCGUCCCAGACUUCACCAGGGCGGUGGAGGACAGAAGCGUCUUUCCUACAAGCAAUGCUUCAAAGGGACAGCAUGGGUGGGUGGGUGCAGGGUGGAUGAACAUAGGAAAAUAGGAAGGUAGGCCCUUGGCCCAUCAAGCUCAGUAGUGACUGCACUGACUGGCAGCAGCUCUCCAGCGUUUCAAGCAGGUUUCCCCAGCCUUAUUCGAAGAUGCCAUGGGCUGAUCCUGGAGGCUGUUCCAUGCCAAGCAUGGCCUCUUCCCUAUGCCUCUUACUCCCUAGAAUUAAUCCCACUAGGCCGUACUCUCCUCUCAGGAGUAGAGAAGAAAGAGUUUUACUGGUGAAGGACAGCUCUGCAGGCAGAGGUCAAGAAGCAAAAACAAGACUUUCUAAGCCACAUUCAGUUUCUGUCUGAUUAGCUUAUGUAUGACUUUUGUAGAGGGAGGAAUGUCUCUCUCUUCCCCCCCCCCCAUUUUUCUCCAGAUCCCCCACUUGGGAACAAGUUCAGGCCUCAAAGGACAAGAGAACAUUAGAGGAAGUACAAGGCAAUCCUGGCCCCAAAAGAGAAACUGGUUGCAGGCUCCCACAAACUCAGAACUUCCAUCCUGAACAGAGGAAGCGGACUUAGAUCGGUCACAGCAUGCAUUUGAAGCACUCUUAUGCCACUCAACAGUCAUGGCUUCCCCAAAAGAAUCCUGGAAGCUGUAGUUUGUUAAGGGAGCUGGGAGUUGUAGCUCUGUGAGGGGUCUCCUAACAACUCUCAGCACCUGUAACAAACUAUAGUUCUCAGCAGUGGCGGCUGGUGGGUCCAUGGCAGGGGGCAGUGGAAUCCAGGUUUUAGGAGCUUAGACAGCUCCUUGAAAGUUUGGACUGAAACCCGGAGGGGAUUCCACUGCCCCACUGACAUGGAGCCACUAGCUGCCUCUGGUUCCCAGGAUUCUUUGGGGGCCUUCAAGAUCAGUAUUUGACUCCUCUGAUCAAGGGUUGCAUUGGCCAGGUUUGCUUGGGGCUGAUGGGAGUUGUAGUAGUUCUUCAACAUCUGGGGGUUUGAACCGAGCAAAGAUCCUUCCACUGAGCUGCAUCCCCAGCCUUCAGCUAUGGAUUCUGCUUCUCCCACUCUACAGAACGUAAGCUAGCCACAUCUCUUGACAGCUGCAUUGUGAAUAUGGCAUGAUCACUUACAGCAGCAAUGGCCAACCUGGUGCCCUAUAAACAUUUUGGACCACAACUCCCAUCAGCCCCAUGUGAUGGGAGCGCAGGCGUGCUUGGCUGUGGGCUGAUGGGAACUGUAGUCCAAAGCAGCUAGAGGGGGCACCAAGUUAGGAAAGUCUGACUUACAGGGAUUUAUUAGGAUCGUUGGUCGACUUCUUUAUGGUUUUUUAGAAAAUAUCCUGAAAUAAUGCCUCGUCUUUUUUCUUCUUGUACAUGUUAUUUUGCUGGCCAAAUCUGUCUUGUCUGUUUAUAAUACUCCAUUUUUAUUAUUGUUGCUGCCACCGUUUGCUACUUCCGACUGCGUUUGCUGCUGUCUGUGGUGUUUGUCUUCUGUUUUUGCCAAUCUUACACUGAAGAGAUGUUGCAGCAUUGGAGGCUGGUGCUCCAUGUCGGUGGGGCAGUGGAAUCCGCUCCAGGUUUGAGUCCGAACUCUGGGCACCUCUUUGGAAGUUUGGGCGAAAACCCGAAGCGGAUUCCACUGCCCUACUGGCAUGGAGCCGGUGGCCGUCACUGUGUUGCAGUUAACAUGGUCACAAACCUUUCCAGAACCACAUCCAGACUUGAGCCUGGCAGCAGUGGAGAGGAGGCAGGGAAGGGGGAGGUGCAAAAGAGAGACACGGUGAGGUCUGGAACCUCAGCCACUCCAGAAUGGUGCCUAAGAAGUGUCCAGAUUUCCGGUGCUCUAGAAGAGGUCUGGAACCUCAGCUGCUUUCAGGAAAGACUGGGUGGGCCAUUUGAUGAAAAAAAAAGGGAAGCCUGAAAUGAACAAUGGGAGGUGGCUCCAGGCCGGACUGGGGGCUCCGCUAGAUUCUUUUGGUGUGUAUGUGUGUGUGUAUUUUAGGGCUUAGACACAUAGGAAAUGAGUUUAUUUUCAUUCUUUAGCAUAGAUAGCCAAUGUGGUGCCCUCCAGAUGUUGUUGGGCUACAGUUCCCAUCAGCCCCAGCCAACAUGGCCAAUAGUCAAGGAUGAUGGGAGUUGUUGUCCAGCAACAUCUGGAGGGCAUCCCAUUGGCUACUCCUGGUGCAAGCCUCCCCUCCAGAGAGAGGAAGGAAGGUAGAUUCGGGGUUGAUAUGGGAUGAAAGGUGAUGCCCCCCAAGUGGCAAAUGAAUGUAGGUGUUUGAUCUCGAUAUAUCUGAGAUUUAAAGAUGCCCUUUGGAAAGAUGUCUCAAGUUGAAGGCAAACGUGAAUAGGGCAUGUAGGGGAAUUGUUGUGUUCAAAUGCUGGGUAAUGGAUCAAAUAGGCCGGCUCCUUUUUGGUCUGGGCACAGAGGGGGGCAGGAAGAUAUAAGGGUCAGUCUGGAUCGUUUUCUUUUUAAAAACAUGGAUGCCUGUAAGAAAAAAUAUCUCUGUAAGGUCACCAAACUUUAUAUCCUUGUCUUGUUUCAAU